UUCAACUAAUUUACCCUACAUACUCAAAUACUUUAAUUUUUUUGAAUAAAUUCGUUUAAAUUGUCGCGAUUUCGACCGUUGGACGUCUGUUAUUGUUUCGUUUUCAUCGAACGUUCGCAGAACAUCUGACAAACGUUACCAACCGCCACAGGCACGAGCUAACGUGUGACCGUGAAACCGUUGAGUUAACGACUCGCUGCCGGUUUGCCGCACACGCAUAAGCUGAAGUCUUCGCAGAGGGACAAGGUACGGCAGUUCAUGUCCUUCACACAGGCUGGGGAGAAGACAGCCGUGUACUGCCUCACGCAGAAUGACUGGAAACUAGAAGUCGCCACCGACAACUACUUUCAGAAUCCAGACCUGUACUGUAAGGAAUCGAUGAAAACGUCGGUAGAUCGGAAAAAGCUGGAGCAACUCUACAACCGCUACAAAGAUCCUCAGGAUGAGAAUAAGAUCGGUAUCGACGGGAUCCAGCAGUUCUGUGACGACCUCUCGCUGGAUCCGGCCAGCAUCACCGUGCUGGUCGUCGCGUGGAAGUUUCGCGCCGCCACACAGUGCGAGUUCACCAAGAAGGAGUUUCUGGAUGGCAUGACAGAGCUCGGGUGUGACAGCCCAGAGAAGCUGAAGGCCCUUUUGCCAAGAUUAGAGCAGGAGCUCAAAGAUAGUGGGAAGUUUAAGGACUUCUACCAGUUCACCUUUAACUUUGCCAAAAACCCUGGACAGAAGGGUCUAGACUUGGAGAUGGCCGUAGCCUACUGGAACCUGGUUCUGUCAGGACGAUUUAAGUUCCUCGAUCUUUGGAAUAGAUUCCUUUUGGAACACCAUAAACGAUCCAUCCCAAAGGACACGUGGAACCUAUUGUUGGACUUUGGUAACAUGAUUGCAGAUGACAUGUCAAACUAUGACGAGGAAGGUGCAUGGCCGGUCCUUAUAGAUGAUUUUGUGGAAUUUGCUCGACCGAUUGUAACAGGAUCAAAACGUAAAACUCUCUAAGUCCAAUCCCAGCUCUGGAAAUCCAGAACGUUGUUUCUUUUACAGUGACUUCAUAGUUUUUUUAAGACUUGUACAAACAAAAACAAAAAAAGUGAAAAUUGUAGACUUCAGAGAGAAGACAGAAGCACUUGAAACUGUCAGGAAACCACCUUUCAGGGAGCUGAGUGAAAAAUUACGAGAACAGCUGGCCGCAUUUUUUUUUUUUUUUUUAAAUCCUCGUGAGACCGAGGCGCCGCGCGGACUUCGCCAGAUUCACCUCCGUCGUCUCUUCUGCUGGACUCUCGGUAUCCUGGACGUCCCUCUGCUCUGCUCCGGGAGGAGCACCGCCUGUCAGGCCACAGCCCUGUAACGGAGGGCGGGGAUGGACGCAGCGCUGGGAGGAGGUUCACCUGCUGCGUGUACUCGAAAAAAAAGGGACUGGAGAGGAGAAAACUGUGUGUUUUAAAAAUACUUCCUAGUCAGCUUUGUUUUGUUAUAUGAAGCUCUGAGUGACUGUGCAAAGCUCCCAUGUCUUACUCUAACUUAUGGGACGGAGUGCUCACUACACCAGCACCAACAGAACUGUUGCAGUUUUUACUGUACAUACUGUAUCUAUUGGGACAGUUUACAAAGAGAGCUAUAUGAAGAAUAAUAUAAAUAUGUUCAAUUUAUAAAUGCAAAAGAUGAUUCUUUUAUGUACAGUAAAUGCUAAGAUCUCUAACGGGAUGCCUCAAUAUCGUGGAUGAUGAUGAUGAUACGCUGUUGGUUUAAUUAUUUAGGUGGAUUUGUCAUGUCAUGGAGUCGUGAGCUUCUCAUCGAAAGCAUGUUAAACACGUUGUACGUCACCUCGGGCUGGUUUCACAAACACAUUUUCUCUAAAGUAAAAGGCAGUGCUUUAAUUUAGAUAACCGAUAAUUGGUUUGUGGUAUUCAUUCAUCGGGAGCGGGGUCUUGAAUCCUCGAUGUAACGUAGUCGGUCCUCUCCACAAAGAUACUUUCUCUCCAAACUGUCGAGGAAAGAGUUUUAUCAGUCGAGCCCUCAGAGACGUCAAAGAUGCUAAAGUGACUAUCAAGCAGCAUUUCAAUGAAAAGUUACAGAUCCUCAGCAUUGCAUGGCACAUAUCCGUAUGUUAGAUCAGACGCCGGGACACUAAAGAGGGCGACGGCAGGACAACAAAGUAAGCCUUAAGAAUAAAAUAUCUCUGUUCAAUAUUUAUGUUUCUGUUCAAGCCCAUCUGUCCAGUGUUACUGAAGGUAGUGAAAAUUAGAAUAUAUUGUUGAUACAUCCUGUAAGUAGCCUAAGUAUAUUGUUCAUUUAAGAAAGAUGAAUAAAGCAUGAGUUUUUCCAUAAAGAA